UAGCUCUCUCAUAACAAAAGUGGUAAAUCUUCUCAGCAUUUUGUCUGAAAAUGUCUUUCUUUCAUGCUCAUUCUUGAAAGAUAGUAUAACUAAGUAGAACUCUCAGUUCAUAAUUAACUUCCUGCAGGACAUGAGAGUUGAGACAGGCUCAGGUAUGGGAGACAGACACUAAAAAUUUUGAACUGGUUAGUAUACUGGGGAUAGAGUGAGAAGACUUGUCUCACUAGAAUAUAAUGUAAAAUAUAGAGAAAACAAAUUUUCAAGGAAACAUGCCUGAGAAUUUCCUGAAUUGAUGUAAUCUCAGUUUAAAGAACCACACCUAACCUCACAAAGAAUUAUUACAAGUUAAUCUUUGCCUAGUUUCUAGGAAAGUUGUAGUAGCAAAUAGUAGAUAAAAUCUGAAACCAGGAGAAAGACAGAUGAUAUCCAAAGAAACAAUAAUUACAAUAGCAACGUGAAGGGAAGAAGACAGAAAAAUAUCUUUAAGGGCUCUGGAAAAGACCCAUUAAACAAAAAUUCUAAACACUGAACAGAUUAGUGGCAGGAAGAACACCAUUCCUAAGGCCACAUGGCUCUCCAGAGAGGAUCUUCUUAGAGACCCUUGAAAACUGGUACACAGCCUGCUCCAAAGGAACAAGGCUCGUUACAGGGUAAAUGCAUGAUGUUGGAUAAUAUUUAACCAUCUUUACUCUCAUUCAUUCAGCAAAUAGGUAGGAUGGACCUAACCGUGCCAGAUAUUGUGCUGUUAACUGUGCCCAAAAGAGUGAACAUAAUAGAUGUACCCUUGUUUUCAUCAAGUUUGUAAAUACCCCCUCUUUCUACCUCCCCAAUAUGCAGUGCCAUAUGGAUCCUGGUUUGACCACACUCAUGGCUGGAUGUCCAUGAGAGGGAAGGAGAACUUCCUGAUACUGAGUUAUGAAGAGCUGAAACGGGACACAAGAAGCAUCUUAGAGAUGAUAAGCCAAUUCCUGGGCAAGAAAUUAGAACCAGAAGAACUGAACUCCAUCCUCAAGAAUAGCUCCUUUCACGUCAUGAAAGAAAACAACAUGUCCAAUUUUUCCCUCCUGUGUGGUCAGUUUUUAGAUGAGAAGAAUGGAAUACUACUGAGAAAAGGCAUUACUGGGGACUGGAAAAAUCACUUCACGGUGGCCCAAGCUGAAGCCUUUGAUAGAAUAUUCCAGGAGAAGAUGGCAGAUCUUCCUCGAGAGUUGUUCCCAUGGGAAUAG